GCAGGGAGCAGGGAUAUGGGCAUGUCUCUGUGCCGCGCUGAUCCUGGCUGUGAGCUGUAUCUCAGUAUUGACGCGGACGCGGCUCUGACCAACCCGAGAACAUUGAUGGAACUGAUCCGGCAGAACCGCCCCAUUGUCGCCCCCCUUUUGUCCCGCCCUGGGAAGCUCUGGUCCAAUUUUUGGGGUUCUUUGGGUCCCGACGGUUUUUACGCUCGCUCCGAGGAUUACGUCGACAUCGUGCAAGGACGGCGAAGGGGGGUGUGGAACGUCCCAUACAUCAGCCACGUUUACCUGGUGGGGGGGUCCGUCCUUCGGGGGUCUCUGGGGGGGCAGCGUCUGUUCAGCCAGGAGGACACAGACCCCGACAUGGCCUGGUGCCGGGCAGCAAGGGAAAGGGUGAGACCCCCAAGCCCCCCCUAAUUAAU